ACUACCACCACGCCACCGCUAUUACCGUGCAAUCAUGAAGUACCGUUGCAGCGACCUUCGCACGUCUGAGUCCGAUAGCGGAUAACAACGCGCAAAAUUUCAGUUUAUUCCAGUUCUGAACGAUCGUGCGUAAUAAAAGUCUGAGUAACGGCGAAACUGCAGAAAAAUGCGAGGAGCGAUGGUGAACUGUAACCAGGUGCAGACCGAGGUGAUAACCGAGGGCCGGUGGAUAGAGGAAGAGCCUCUACCUCACUCCACCAAGCAGGUAGUGUUGGUAAUAACGGGAAAUCCGGGUCUCCCUGGCUUUUAUGAGAGCUUCAUCAAGGCGAUCAACUCGAAACUUUCGUUCGACACACCUGUGUGGGUCGUCGGUCAUGCUGGACAUGUUCAGCCACCGGAGAACCUGGACAUCGCUAUGCCCAGUAAUAAGAAGUGGCGGGAUCAUUAUGGUUUGACGGCUCAAGUUCAGCACAAGGCGGAAUUCAUUAAGACCUAUGUUCCGGAAGACGUUCAGCUGUAUCUCAUUGGACAUUCCAUAGGUGCUUGGGUUCUGCUCAACUUGCUGAGGGAUCCUGACAUCAACAAGAGAGUGAAAAAGUGCUACAUGUUGUUCCCAACGAUAGAAUACAUGGCGGAGACUCGCAAUGGCAGGAUUUUUCACAAUAUCAUAUCACGCGUGGCACCGCUGUGGAUCUUCUUAUCUUGGUUUUUUACAACAAUAUUCCCAUCAUUCCUGCAAACAUUUAUGAUAAGUGUCUUUAGUUUCUUUUAUGGCAUCCCAGCGAAAUAUAACAAGGUAGUUCAGAAAAUGCUGGAUCCCAGGGUAUUGUAUAGAAUAAUUAAUCUUGCCAAAGAGGAGCUCAAAUAUAUCAAAGAGGCUGAUCAUGAAACUAUAUCGAAGUAUAGUGAUAAACUUUGGUUUUAUUACGGCACUAUUGACGGCUGGGUCCCAGUCAGGUAUUAUAAAAACAUGAUGACAAAACAUCCAAAUCUGAAUGCUCAGUUAUGCCAGCGUGGUUUUUACCAUUCGUUUGUAUUGAAGAAUGAUGUAGACAUGGGCCACAUUGUUGGUGAACUCAUUAAUAACGAGUGACUCGAGGAUUCGAGGCAUUAAUGUUUCCUAUUCGAGUUUGUUAUAUCUUUCGUGAUAUCUUGAUCUUGUAGCAUUUAUUUUUGGUAAAGUAAUUUCAUACAAAGGUAUACACGGUUUAUUGUUAUUGUAUUAUUUUUUAAAUAUCUGUUUUUACACUGACUUUUUUGAUCUUGCAAUAAUAUGUUAAUAAUGGUUAUUUAUAAGAUGGAAAUAAUACUAAAUAGUUUAUUGGCAGUAAUUGUAAGGAAUUACGAAAUAAAAUCUAUUCGUAUUAUUAUUUCGAAAUCUUUCCAAGAUUGGGCGUAUUGUGUUUUGACAACCCACAAUGCCAAUUUUAUAACCCUUAUAUACUUUAUAUAAUGUCAUGAGCACAUUGAUUUGGUAAAUCUACAUCGAAAAAGAUAGGUACAUGUUUGAGCGUUUUAAUAUUUUAUUAAAUUAUACAAUUAUAUUGCAUUGAAAUUAUAUUGUAUUAAGUUGCAAAAGUAUAUUAUAUUGCA